CCAUAGUUUUGCGCGGUUUUUUUUUUUUACGUUUUUUUUUUUUAAGUCACCCUUCCACAAUGGCGACCGCAACUCCGAGCGCCGCGAGGAGCAGCACGUGCAGCACGCCGCUGAGUCCGACCCGGAUCACCCGGCUGCAGGAGAAACAGCAGCUCCGGGAUCUCAACGACCGGCUGGCCGUCUACAUCGACAAAGUCCGGAGCCUGGAGUCCGAGAACCAGGUGCUGCAGCUGCAGAUCGAGCAGCGGGAGGAGGUCCGGAGCCGGGAGCUGAGCGGGCUCCGAGCUCUGUACGAGACCGAGCUGGCCGACGCCAGGAGGAGCCUGGACGACUCGUCCAAGGAGCGGGCCUGGCUCCAGAUCGAGCUGGGGAAGAUCCGGACCGAGCACGACCAGCUGCUGCACAGCUACAACAAGAGGGACUCUGAUGCAGCAGGAGCCCAGACGAGGCUGAAGGACCUGGAGGCUCAGCUGAACAAUAAAGAGGCCAUGUUGUCUACAUCACAGUCUGAGAAGAGGGUUCUGGAGGCCGCUAUAGCUGACCUCAAAGAGCGGCUGCAGGAGUUGGAUACAGGUCUCGCUCAGGCCAAGAAGCACCUUGCCGAUGAGAUGCUCCUUCGCGUCGACUUGGAAAACCGCUGUCAGAGUCUGACUGAGGACAUGGAUUUCCGUAAGAGCAUGCAUGAGGAGGAGCUGAAGGAAGCCCGUCAACGCUAUGAGACCCGCCUGGUGGAGGUGGACUCUGGACGGAAAGAGGAAUAUGAGUAUAAACUGACUGAGGCGUUGGCUGAUAUGAGGGCUCAGAAUGAGGAGCAGAUCAAGAUCUACAAGGACAACAUGGAGAGUACCUACAUAACCAAACUGGAAGAUCUGCAUCGAUUGUCUGAGAUGAACGGAGCAUCAGCAAACAUGGCCCGCGAAGACCUGCGGGAGUCGAGCCUGCGCAUCGAGAGCCUGAGCAGCCAGCUGGCCAACCUUCAGAAGGAGACCCGCGGAUGGCGUGAUCGUAUAGCGGACCUGGAGGCAGCACUGGCCAAGGAGAAAGACACGUGCCGUAAGAUACUGACGGACAAAGACCGGGAGGUGGCGGACAUCCAGGCCAAGAUGCAGCAGCAGCUGAACGAGUACGAGCAGCUGCUGGACGUCAAACUGGCUCUGGACAUGGAGAUCAACGCCUACCGCAAACUGCUGGAGGGCGAAGAGGAAAGACUGAAGUUGUCGCCGAGUCCUUCGUCUCGCGUGACGGUGUCGCGAGCCUCAUCCAGCAGCCGCAGCAUUCGAACUGCUCAGGGGAAGAGGAAGCGUGUGGACGUGGAGGAACAGGAAGCCAGCAGCUCCGUGUCCAUCACCCACUCCGCCUCGGCCACGGGACCCGUCUGCAUCGACGAGAUCGACACCGACGGCAAGUUUAUCUGCCUGUACAACAGCGGUGAUGAGGACCAGGCCAUGGUGGGCUAUGAGAUGACCAGGACAAUUGGAAGGUCUACGGCCACCUACAAGUUCACCCCUAAAUACGUCCUGAAGGCGGGUCACAAAGUCACCAUUUGGACCUCUGAUGCCGGCGUGAGCUCCAAACCCCCUGCAGACUUGGUGUGGAAGAACCAGGCCUCCUGGGGCUCGGGGAAGGACGUGCACGUGGUGCUGAUGAGUCCUCAGGGAGAGGAGGUAGCAAGAAGAACCACCACAUAUCAGAUGAUAGAAGAGGAGCAGGACGAGGACGAUGGAGUGGAGGCCUUUGAAGAACAACGCGUCCACCAGCAGGUAGAGCCACACGGCUCCAAGAGAGGCUGCACCAUUAUGUGAUGUCACUGCCGCCGCCGCCUCCUCUGAGCCCAGCGACUCUGCUGCUAUAUACAAAUAUUUUUCUAUGGUUUGUAGUGUGUUUUAAAUAAGAUGUCUGAUUUUAAUUUGAAGCUCGUUUUUUUUUUUUUCUUUAUCCCUGACACAAGAAGGCAAAACUGUUUUGGGUCAGCGCCUUCUGUGGUAAUUUAAAGACCAAAACAACCUGGUUGUUUUAGUUAUUGUAGUCAGAAUCCUUUUAAACCGCAACAUGUAGUUUAAACUCACUGAUGGAUUAUCUUUAAGAAAAUCUGACCUUGUGCUGUGUAUUUUUUUUUUAAAUAGAUUUUAAUUUUCUUGGCCAGAAGAAAAAAAAAAACAUUCAAGCAAGGUGUCAAUACUUAAAGUGUCAGUCUCCGCAAACAGGAGACUGUUUGACCAGAACACUAAGAUCUCCUCAGUUAACGGGCGUUUUAGCGGCUGUGGGCUGUGACCACAGACGUGCUCUGACCCGAACCACUCUUUAAACAAACCGCCACGAUUGUACGACGUUUUCGUGUUCGGGAUUUGUCGGUUAAAGCCACCAUGUGCAGGGCUGAAAGUGGAAACUUGCGACCAACAGCAGUUUGAAUCCUAACUGUGAAAUAAUUAACGCGGCGGAUCAUCACACCAUAUCACCAUCUGACAACUGAACAGUGUCGAAGCAUAAAGUUCUGUAGAAUGUUUCUCAGGGCUUCGUUCCGGUGCCUUGUUAUCUCAUUGGGCCACUCUGUUCAGCACUGUAAAAGUUUACCGUUUAGCGCUCCUGGAGGUCACGUGUCCUGUUCUUCUGUUGGCUAAUUGGCUCGGCCAAUCAGCAGCUGGCAAACACCAGCUGUGAGCAGAGCAGGGAGAGAUGGGUAAUGUGCAGGUGAUCUCGUGGACUGAAAAGUUAUUUAAUAUGUUAAUUUACAUGUGACCCCGUGAUGCCACACUGAGGACGGAUCGUUGACCUUUCAGUCUGCACUGGAUGGUUGAGAAUGAAGAAACAGGCGGCAAGACGACCGUUGAGACGUUGGGUUCACGGCGUCCUGCACGUUGUGGCUUUAAUGUGAAAUCGCGCAGCCGCCUUUGCUUUGUUUUUGCCGACUGGUGAAGCGCAGUGCCAAGUAAGAAGUGAUUGUAUUCUUAACCUUUUGAUAAGCUGAAGUUUGUGUUGUGUGUUACUCUGCAUGCUGUGGCUGUAAACUUUAUAGAGAAACAAUAAAAUGUUCAUUUCUUGUAA